AAUCUUCCUCUGAAUCACCGAAAGUCACAAAAAUUCAAGAAGAAUAUUGGUCUCUAAAACCAGAAACAGAGCCAGAGCAUUGGCCAGAACAUGAAAAAGUAACAGCAAACUCACUUAAACUAAAAGAAAUCCCAGAACAACCGGAAAUUUGUCAGUUGCCAAACAAAGUGCCCGAAAAAUCAGAAAAUACUGACAAAUGGAUUCGAAGAGUGUUAUAUUGGGGACGAACAGAUGGACAAACAGAAUUAGAAGGUGAUGAAUAUGUGGAGCCUGAAAUGAUUAAAAAAGAUAACAAUGAUGUCGAACCAGAUUGGAGCGCAUGGAUGAACAUUGAACAUGGUUAUGCAUUCAUACAGGAUUGGCCAAACAACCAAGAUUGGCCACAAAAUUUGUGGUCCGACUAUUGCCAUUGCCAAAAAGUGGUUGAAGGUGGUGGUGAAGAAAGAAUUUGGCCAAAGGAACCUCCAGAUUUCACCGAUGAGGGAUUAAUAAGAAUGUGGACUGAUGACGAACUAUUGCUGUCUCUCCCCGACCCGCCUCUGCUGGACCCUGAGCCUUGCCCCAACUACCUGGAGCUUAGUGUGCAGUGGCCGGAGUUCACAUGUGGUGCAAGUCGCGCACCACACUCGUCUGAAGCCGAUCUCUCAUUGCCACUAAGCAGCGUAGCAGAUCUGGAAUUGGAUCACCUGGAAGACCUGGAAUUAAGCGAAGCCGCAGGCGAAGCUCGCACAAUACCGGAGAUUACUCAUCUCACGACUGGCCUACCAUUAACGUUCGUCGAAAGCAGUAGCUACGAAGAAUACCCAACGCGAGACGUCGGGUUCAACAGUGUCACUGCUGGGGCUAUGCCCACUCGUCCCUCUACUGGGACAAACAUUCCUACUCUUGGAAACUUCAAAGUCUCUAGUAACAAUAUUGAUAUUCCCAAAAGUGGUAAGCCCACUAGCGGAAUGAGUUAUUACCAAGGCACAUAUUAUUCUGAAAAAUCUUAUAUGCCAUCUUCUAACUUUGUUUCCACUAGUGGAUAUGACAUUCCCACUCGUGGGAUAAGCACCAAAGACGUUAUAUUAGCCGGGUCAUUCAAGAAUAACAUGACUUUUGAUUUCAAUUUUGAAACAAUUCAAAAUACUAAAUUUGAAGGUGUAAAACAUAUAGAUGGGUCCAACAAUUGUUUUGGUCCAAUAGUGGGACGAGGCAGAGGAAGACUAAACAUUCAAGAUACUUGUAAAAGCAACAAUAUGAGGUACUAUAAGUAACUAUAUAUAUUUAUUAUCACGUUUAAGGUAACUUAAACCUUAAGU